CCCCUGCGAACCCUCACACGACAUGCCACAUUACGCUCACUCUCCCUGCCGUCGCCGACUACACCCACAGACCCACUGCCUCGCCGCCUCUUUUCCUCCGUGUCGGUGCCUCGCUUCGGCCCUCUCCGAUCCAUCGUUGUGUACCGUUGCUAGCCUCCCCAAGCGAUGGUCUCUGAGAACAGGCUGUAUGGGCUUUAGGGAAUGUUGCUGGCGUUUCUCCACGGUGCCAUGAUCUUGUCCUCAGUCAUGGUGCCUUGAUGCCAAUGCUGGAACAACUGAAUGAUCAUGCUAAGCUCUUGAUGUUGAGAAAUGCUACUUGGACACUCUCAAAUUUCUGCAGGUGCGAAGCACGACCUCCUUUUGGCCAGGUUAGGCCACCACUUCCAGCUUUCAAACGUCUUGUUCAUUCGACUGAUGAGGAAGGAUUGACAUGACAGGGUCUUACUCUGUUCUUCUUGGUUACAAGUGUUCCGCACGAGUAUGACAUGCCAGGCUUUGCUUCUUCGUCAUCAAAAGUAGCAGUAAUGGCGAAAUCCCCCAAUUCCCGUUGUCCCAAAAUCGUUAAAUCCCUAGUUUUCCCAGUUAAACCCACCAAUCCUGUUGAUCAGCGUUAUAUUUCUCAAAUCAUUGAGAGAAAAGAUUGGUUUUUGAUCCUUAAGCAGGAAUUUAGGGCUCGUAGAAUCGGGUUGAACCCUGGCUUUGUCAUCAGCGUUCUGCAGAAUCAGGAGAACCCAUUGCAUUCUCUUAGAUUCUACAUCUGGGUCUCAAACACUGACCCUGUUUACGCUAGGGAUCAGUCUCUGAAGAAAGUUCUGGGAAACACCCUUUGUCGGCGAGGUCCGCUUUUGUUGUCUGCUGAAUUGCUCAAGGAGGUUCGGGAUUCGGGUUUCCGUUUUACCGAAGAUCUGUUGUGUAUUUUGAUCGGAAGCUGGGGCAAAUUAGGAUUAGCAAAAUACUGCAAUGAAAUUUUUGAGCAGAUAUCGUUUUUGGGAAUUUGUCCUACCACGCGGCUGUACAAUGCGGUUAUUGAUGCUUUGGUUAAAUCCAAUUCGCUUGAUUUGGCUUAUCUGAAGUUUCAUCAGAUGCGUAGUGAUAAUUGUAAACCAGAUAGGUUCACUUACAAUAUACUGAUUCAUGGUGUCUGCAAGAAGGGUGUGGUUGAAGAGGCGGUCCGGUUGGUUAAACAAAUGGAGGGGGAGGGGAACAAACCCAAUGUAUUCACAUACUCAAUUUUGAUUGAUGGGUUUUUGAUCACGGGAAGGAUUGGUGAAGCUUUGAAGCUUGUGGAGACGAUGCGAAGGAGAAAUGUGAGCCUGAAUGAAGCUACUAUCAGGACAUUGGUUCACGGGACAUUCCGCUGCUUGCCUCCACAUGAAGCAUUCGAGGUUUUAGUUGGGUUUCUGGAGAAAAACCCUAUCUUGCAAAGGGUGGCGUGUGAUACUUUGUUGUAUUGUUUGACGAGUAGCUCGAUGGCUAAGGAAGCGGCAUUGUUCCUGAGGAAAGUAGGUGAUAGAGGUUACGUACCUGAUGGUUCAAUGAUCAACGUCGUGUUGAAUUGUCUCUUGAAAGGGUUUGAUCUUGAUGAGACGUGUGAAAUAUUUGACAGUCUUGUUACCCGAGGUGUUAAACCAGGGUUCACCAGCUAUCUCUCUGUGGUUCAAGCUCUAUAUAAAGAGGGGAAGUACCCCAAGGGUGACCAAUAUUUGAACCAAAUGGCCGUAGGCGGGCAUAUAUCAAGUGUAUAUGCUUAUAACGCUGUAAUUGACUGCCUCUGUAAAGCUCAAAUGUCAGAACAGGCUGAGACGUUCGUCACCGAAAUGAAAAAUAGAGAUAUUUCUCCAAAUCUAAUCACUUUCAAUACCUUAAUAAGUGGAUACAGCGAGAGAGGAAACAUAAACAAGGUGCGCGAAGUGUUAGAGAUUCUUCUGGAACAGGGUUGCCAUCCGGAUGUUGUCACUUUCAGUUCCAUCAUCAACUGUCUUUGUCGUGCAAAGGAAAUCCAGGAUGCAUUUGAUUGUUUCCAGGAGAUGCUUCAGUGGGGUAUCUGUCCAAAUGAGAUCACAUACAAUAUUCUGAUCCAUUCUUCAUGUAUUGCCGGGGAUAUCAGUAGAGCAUUUAAGUUGUUCAGGAACAUGAGGCAAAGUGGGUUGAAUCCUGAUGUUUAUGCGUUCAAUGCACUUAUUCAGUGUUUCUGUAGGAUGAAAGCCGUUGAGAAAGCCGAGAAAUUGUUUAAAGCCAUGUUGAGGAUCGGUUUGCGACCGGAUAACUAUACUUAUAGUGCUAUCAUCAGGGCCUUGAGCCAAUCUGGAAGAGAGAGUGAAGCAGUAGAGAUGUUUAGUACAAUGGAACAACAGGGCUGUGUUCCCGAUUCGUAUACUCGGUGCCUCAUGGAAGAGCUCACUCUAAAAAAGAAUGAAUCUUCUGUAGAACCAGUGUCUGCAUAGUAGGGAAUUAGAGCUUUUGACGGGCAUUUUGGCUUCUCUGGCUCUUACUGUGCUUGUAUUUCCUCCUCAAGUUAAAACCUACAAUGCCACCUAAGAGUUUCCUUCAAAAAGGUUGUCUUGUGGAGGGAAGACUGAUGGACUCUGUUCUCUCCUUAGAUGAUGAACGAUGGCAAUGUCAAGCUGAAGCUGUAUAUUCCCAGUUGGUUAAUGAAGUGAUGGAAGACCCCUUUCAGUUUGUCGGUAUCUUCCUGUUCUUUCCCAGCCGGUAUCUCUGAUGGAAGACUUCUGAAAACUGGCUCGGGCAAACACAGAAACGAAUUAGGAAUCUUGCGGCGUGCUGGCUGGCUCUCUGGUGAGCAAGAGUCAGUGAUGGUGAAAGUGAAAUCACCGAGGAUACAGACAGUGCGGCGAAUUCUUGUUCCAGAAAAUGAACGAGGAGCCAUUCCGCUGGCAGGCCCUAUAACUAAGACAAGAAAGACUAUGGGGAACUGAACUGAAGGGGUGAGGUUUUAAAGCAAAAAACCACAAAAAGAAAAGAAGCCGAAGAGUUGGAAAAAAAAAAAGAGGCCGUCGGGGCAACCAACACGGACAUCUUUCAUAACUCUCGGACAAAAUUGUAUUCGUCCCUCUGAAAUCUGGUUUUUCUCCUCUUCCGAGAAUCCCUGACUUCAUUAUCUGGUAAUUUUAUUUUUCUCAUCUUAUUCUUUCCUUCGAUUGUUGUUGUAUUGGUCACGUGAAAAAGCUACUGUUGUAUUAUUUUGCCAUGUGGUAACAGUGUAAUUAUAUAUAUAAUGAUUUGUAUUUAAUGGUAA